AUGACUGACUGGGUAGGAGGCGUGGCCUAUGCGCAGUAUGACGUGUUCAGCAUCGGAGCGUCACCAGGAUUCAGACUGAAUGUUGGCCAAUACUCGGGCACUGCUGGUGACUCGAUGACACAUCACAAUAACUUCGGUUUCACUACCAACGAUUAUGACAGCGAUGGUGCGACUGGAGGCAACUGUGCUAUCUGGCUGAAUGGUGGGUGGUGGUACAACGCCUGCCACCGGUGCGCCCUCAACGGCAAUUAUCUGAUUGGAGGGGGAGUUACCCAGAGGGAUCAGGGUCUUCAGUGGGUAGCUUGGAAGGGGUUUUAUUACUCACUGAAAGCGACUGAAAUGAAAAUUCGUCUCCUUUCAUCGUAG